AUGUCAGUCAAGCAUGAAUGUACUCUAAGGAAUGCUUACUGUAUAUGUCUCUCUGGGGUCAUCCACUGCCUCCACAAUAAAUCAGCGUUUAUUAGUCUCCGUAGCAAGUUCAACCUAGAUCAGGAAGCCCUCAUAUGCUUUUUCAAGACGCUCUCUCACAUGUUGAACGGCUCCCACGAACCGGAUUUACUCAACUCCAAACCGGUUCCAUCUCCUUUAGCAAAUUGCAUUAUUUUGCAUGCUCUGAUCCAAAGAAUCAUGCUGGUUCAGCAGGCGUUCAACCACCCAUAUACCGAUGAGGAUCAUACCUUGCUCAAUCGUCAAAAGGAAGCUAUUAGGAACGCUCUCCAUACAUGGACGUCUCAGUGGCAACGAGCACCUGAAUCAAGUCUUGACCCCCGCAAUCCCAACGGACCAGUCACUUUCACCUCCACGGCAUUACUGGGACUUGCAUAUAUUCGACUGGCUUUCAAUAUAGGCUCAUGCAAAAUCCUUAGAAGUCGAGACCCACAGCAAAUUUCCGAGAGAAUACUCCAGAUGCCGCCUCUCCCUACCGGGCCUCAUUUGCUUUCUGCAAUAUUGCAUGCGACACAUGCUCUGAGUAUACCAGUCAAAUUGGGUGUCAACUCUGUUUCCCGGAGCCAUGCAUUUGUUUGGAGUAUUCAGCAUUCAUUAUGUGGGUUGGAACUUGCAAUAUUCCUUAGUAAAUGGCUUUUCUGUAUAUCCAAUUGUCAGAAGACCCGGCCGCUUGAUGAUCAUGAGAGUUGCUUCAUUAGCUGGAUAGGGGAUAUAGUUGAAGAAGGAAGGACUUCGGGCGAUGACGACCUAUGGUCUAGGCCCAUAUUAUCUUAUAAUUGUGUCUGCUUGGCAUUCGCGGUUAUAAAGCUAUGGGCUAGACUGAUAAGAGGGAAUGAGCAGUGGGCGAUACUAGGGGUAAUCGGAGAGGGCCUGGAUAUAUAUGGUAAUAUUUGCGAGCAAAGGUUCGCCGCUUCUUUAGCAGAGAGCCAAUGA